UUGAAGACAGCGGGCACGCGACACACACACCAAAGUCUCGUUACACUAUAUUGUAGAUGAUUAUUGUUGUUGGGCCAAAAGAAAAGAAAUUAAACAGCUGGCUUGACGGUUGUUCAAUUCAGAUAGCAAGAGCCAGUUACUCAACGACAUUGGAAGCAGAACAACGCGCGUGCGUAUCCAACAACAUACAGUUUGUCUUUUUUUUUCGUGUAUUUCGUACGAAUUGUAUAUAAAUCGAGAGAAGAAAAAAGAAAACGACGAUCCAAAGAGAAAACUCAGAAGAAUAAAAAGAAAUAUAAGUUGAACGAAUACCAUCGAAACAAAAGCGACGGCGGCACAACGAAGAAUACACCAACCGAAUUAUUAUUCUUAAUUCGGUUUUUAUUUAGUUGAUUUUUCUUCAUUUUCGGGAUGUGCAUUGAAUUCAUUAUACGUGAAUGCUUCGACUCACUAUUUUGAUUCAUGAUCAUUGUUAACACGCGCUAGUCGCAGGCGGUAUUAUCUUGUCUCAUUUUUUUGUUCAUCUUAAUUGACGUUCACGAUUUACAUAUUUAUUUGUGUUUUGAUGAAAAGAAUCAGAAAGAAAAGAAACAGACACUUAACAUAGGCACGGGCCUCUGAACAAUUUGAACAAUUUUUCGGUGAAUAAAAAAAGUGAACACAUUGGAAAAAUAAAAAAACGUAAUAAAAAGUAACGAUUCAGACGCAAAAAAAAAAAACAUUUUAAUCAAAAGUUUGUUCGAUUCGCUGGAAAUACCAUUCGAUCGUAAAUUCCAAGGAAAUAAUCAGUGAUAAGAAUAAACAAGAGCGACAUUCAAACGUUCAUUUCUACACUGGUAUUGAACUCGAAAGUAAAUAGUUAAAUAAUUGAUUGUGCGCUUUUAUCUAUGACGGUGUUGGAGCUACGUCGUUAACUUAACAACCUUCGCAUUAACAACGUGUAUUUAAAUACAUGUCACACAUAAAUUGAAUUGCUUGUGAUAAGCACGUGUGCGCGCGCAACCACAAAACGCAGAUAAUAAACGCAACUUGAACAAAAAUCCUAUAUUCAUUUUGGUUUUGGAGGUAAAACGCAUUUAUUGAUAAACGAAACCGAACAUCAAUCAAAUAAAAUGGCAACUAUCAGUGUUCUAUCGUAUGGGAAUCCAUCAGUAACGCAAACAUUGGCAAACAACAAUGGAAUUAAAGUUUCGCUUGUUAGCCGAACAAAAUGUUCGCCAGCGGCAGCAACAACGGCACUUCAAAUCAAAUCGAAUAACAUAAACAAUAACAACAAUUUGAACAAGACGAAUUUAAACAAUACAAAACCGAAUAACAAACGUUCGUACAAUGCAAUGGCUAAAAAACAGAAGGCACUACCAUUAACAGAGACAAACACAAACAUUUUGAAUGCAUCAAAUACACCAUCGUCCAAUUCGUCGGCUCAACGAUCGGCAAAAUUGGCCAAAACAUUAAAACGUCCAUUGCCUGAAAUCGAUACGACCGCUUUGUGCCGUGCAAGUGGCGGAAAAUCGAAAGUAUUUCCAAUGCCAUUGGCAGUAGCACGUCGAAAUGCACGUGAACGUAAUCGUGUGAAACAAGUAAACAAUGGUUUUGCCGCCUUACGUGAUCGCAUCCCAGAAGAAGUGGCCGAAGCUUUUGAAGCGCAAGGAAACGGCCGUGGAUCAAUUAAGAAAUUAAGUAAAGUCGAAACACUUCGCAUGGCAGUUGAAUAUAUUCGUAGUUUGGAGCAUUUACUUGAAAUCAAUCAUGAUUCAGACCAAUCAAAUAUGAGCAGCGAUUUUCAAAUGGCCAAUGAAUCAUAUCAAUUGUCCGACACAUCAUCGGUUUUGUCAACAUUAACACCACCUCCAUCAGAUAAUAUAUCGAGCGGCAGCUUUGACGAAUCAGAUGGACUGCCCGACAUCACCGUCAUCGAGGGACAUCAGUACAUUCGAAUUCCAGGCACAAACACAUAUCAAUUACUUGAUACCACAAGCGGUGACGAACAGUCCAUGGCAUACGAAAAUGAUGAAAACAUUGAACCAAUGAUGCAGACCAAUCCACAAACCGUUCAAAAUUUAAUGUUACAACAACAACAACAACUACAACAGCAGCAACCAUCACCACCAAUCGACGAAUACACAACUGAUUCCAUUAACUGUUACAGUAAUGAUGUAUACAACAGCCAAAUUCAUAUCUUAACACCUGCAUCAAUAUCACCGGGUGCAUAUAGUAUGCAAUCUUCAACGGCUGGCCUAUCACCUGCUUUGCAUGAUACGACCACAUCUACAAUACCAUUAAAUGGAACACAAUUUCUAACAACAACAACAACAUCAACCGUUUCGGAAUUAAAAAAUGUUUGCUCACCGUUGCCUUCCAUAAACGACAGUGCCUUAUACACGAAUCCAUUGGCCGAUAUUCCGAUCAACCAACAACAGUAUGAGGGUAUACUCACAUUACAAACAAAACUAAAAGACGACAUCGAUCUCAGCGAUGAGCAUGCUCUAUCCGAAGAAAGCAUGAUCGAAGCAAUGAACUGGUGGAACAGUCAUCAAUCCAAUGAACAAAUCAAUAUUCAUGAUUCGUAGUCAUGUUUUUCAAAAAGGAAAAAACAAUUUACAUUGAUGCACACACGGUUUUAUUUUUCGACUAAAAACACUUUAUUAGGUAAAUGUACAUUUGUAAAUUAAUUCGAUUUGGCCUUUGAUUGGAAUAGUUCUCUUUUUAUACUUGAAAUGAAUUUCAUUUAAGAAUUUAUAUAUUUGAAAGAAAAUUGCACAUUGCCACCUCGGACAGAGUCUGUUAAAUAGCCAAAAACAUUGCCAAAAAAGAUACAAUGACAAAAUUAGCUCAAUUUUUCCAAUUUCUUAUUGAAUCUUUUCUAGUUAUAAUCAUAAUUCACUUGCAGAGGUGGCUCUGUGCAAUGCAAGCAAAAUUCUCAUUUGCGCUAAAAAAAAAUAAAAUAAAUUUGAUAUAUUUUAUUUAUAUAAAUAUAUUUUUGGACGAACUAAAUACCAGUGAAUAAUGAUAAUAAAUA